GCCAAGAUGCCGAAAGGGAAGAAGGCCAAGGGCAAGCAGGUAGCCCCGGCACCGGCUGUUGUGAAGAAGCAGGAGGCCAGGAAGGUGGUGAACCCCCUGUUCACGAAGUGGCCCAAGAACUUCGACAUCCAGCCCAAGAGGGACCUCACCUGCUUUGCCCGGUGGCAGCACUACAUCCGGCUGCAGCACCAUCGCACCAUCCUGUACAAGCGGCUGAAGGUGCCACCCUCCAUCAACCAGUUCCCCCAGGCCUUGGACCGGCAGACAGCCGCCCAGCUGCUGAAGCUGGCUCACAAGGACCGGCCGGAGAUGAAGCAGGAGAAGAAGCAGAGGCUGCUGGCCCGGGCCGAGAAGAUGGCUGCUGGCAAAGGGGAUGUCCCCACCAAGGGGCUGCUUGUCCUGCGAGCGGGGGUCAACACUGUCACCACUCUGGUGGAGAACAAGAAGGCUCAACUAGUGGUGAUCGCACACGAUGUGGCCCACAUUGAGCUGGUGGUCUUCCUGCCGGCCCUGUGCUGGAAAAUGGGGGUCCCCUACUGCAUCCUCAAGAGCAAGGCCCGACUGGGGCGCCUGGUGCACAGGAAGACCUACACCACCAUCGUCACACAGGUGAACUCGGAAGAUAAAGGAGCCUUGGCUAAGCUGGUGGAAGCCAUCAGGACCAACUACAAUGACAGGUUUGACGAGAUCCGCCACCACUGGGGUGGCAAUGUGCUGGGCCCCAAGUCAGGGGCCCAAAUUGCCAAGCUGGAAAAGGCCAAGGCCGAAGAACUCGCCACCAAGCUGGGCUAG